UCCGCACAAGCGCAGUUGGACCGCCGACGCGGAAAACCGCGCGCGCACUCAAGUCUCUCGACGCUGCGUCUUGUGAAUGCACCCGAGGAUCUCGUUCAAUAUACGUGUGAAACGGUUUUGAUAAAAAUACUGUGUUGUGUUGUUUAAGUAGAAAGUUGAAGUGAAACGGGGAAGCGACGGACGGCAUUGGAAUAACUGUCGUGAAUGCCGGGCCGCAUGGAUGGCUGCACUCGUCUCGCGGCUGCUCGCGCUCCUCGCCGCCGCCUCGCUCGUCACAGCUAAGUAUGCGGAGUUGGAGUCACGGCGCGGCGCCGGGCGGCUGGCCACGGCGGCCGAGGAGGCGCAGGACGAGCAGCGCGACGCCGAGAUGCUGGCUGCCGUCCGCGCCUCCAUGAAGACUUGGGAACAGAAGAGAGCUAGGACAAGGAGUAAAAGGUCGCAAGGUAGCGUCUGUUACGGCGACUUCGGCUGCUUCGAGGACUCGGGCCCGUUCGCCUACCUCGAGACGCUGCCCAGCCCUCCGCAUGAAGUCGGCACGCACUUCCUGCUCUACUCCACCGUCAGCAGAGGCGAUCAGCCGCUGCUGGCGGUGUCAGCCAGCAACAUGUCAGCAGCUUGGGGCUGGGCGGCGCGCGCCUUCGACGCUGCACGGCCUACACGGGUCAUCGUUCACGGUUUCGGCUCCAACUGCGACAAUGUCUGGGUGUACGAGAUGAGGUCUGCUCUCAUGGCUGUGGAAGAAUGCAACGUGGUGUGCGUAGACUGGGAGGGCGGGGCCACGAUGCCGAACUACCUGCGCGCCGCCGCCAACACCAGGCUGGUGGGCAAGCAGCUCGCCAUGCUGCUGCAAGGGUUCGCAAAGCACAUAGACCUACGGUUCGAAGACGUCCACUUAAUUGGGUUCAGCCUGGGCGCGCACGUGGCCGGCUUCGCAGGAUCAGAAUUGAGGAAUAUUAGUCGCAUUACAGGUCUAGACCCGGCAGGCCCACUCUUCGAGUUCCAAGAUCCGCGCGCGCGGCUGGACCGCGGUGACGCCGCUUUCGUGGACGUCAUCCACUCCAACGGCGAGACCCUGAUCCUGGGCGGGCUGGGCGCCGCGCAGCCGCUCGGACACGUCGACUUCUACCCCAAUGGGGGGCGAGUGCAACACGGCUGCUCCAACUUGUUCGUGGGGGCUGUCUCGGACCUGGUGCUGCCCUGGGCGGCGGCGUCAAUCGAAGGCCGCUCGCUGUGCAACCACCGGCGAGCCUACAAAUUCUUCACCGACUCCGUGUCCCCUAAGUGCCACUUCCCUGCGUUCCCCUGCGCCGAUUACGACACUUUCCUCGAGGGCCGCUGCUUCCCUUGCGGCGGCGAGGAGCGCUGCGGCAACAUGGGCUACUACGCGGACCGCUCGCUGGGCCGCGGCCAGCUGUACCUGCUCACCAGGGAGGAGGAACCGUUCUGCGCUCACCAAUAUCACGUGUCGGUGUGGGCCGAGAGCGAAGCCGGGGCGAAGCCGAACUACGGGCGCGUGUCGCUCACUCUGCACGGAGACUCCGGGCUCAACGAGACCUUCCCGAUGACCAAGCGCGACGUGACCUCACCCGCGGCGGCUCGUUUCACGCACAUGAUCGUGCCCCACCCGGCGCUCGGCGUGCCCCUGCGGGCGACGGUCCACUACGCGGGGUACUCCGGUUGGCUGACGGCAGGCGCGAAAGUUAUCCGGCUGCACAAGCUGCUCAUUGCUGACAGCUUCGGCAAGACGUCAUCUUUCUGCAAGAAAGGCCUUCAGUUGCUGUCAGAUGAGGCCGUUGAAUUGCCACUCUAUCCCGGAGACUGCCAAAUACAGGAUACCGACGCCAACUCCACAACCGAGGAGCUGAUCAAGCGUGACACGUCGACGAAAGCCGUGCCGGUGGAUCUCCACGACAACGAGUUGUCGGACGACCCGCCGUUCCGCCUCGUGGACACCGCCGAGUGGACCGGCGCCGACGCCGGCCGGGCCUUCGGCGUCACCAACACGAAGCUGGCGCCCAGCGGGGCUAUAGAGAUCGCUGAACCUGUCCUUAAACCGAGACAACACAAAACGUCGAGGCAGCGCGCUGAUGAACCGCCUGCAGAGAUAUCUGAGCCGCUGUUGCGAGCGACUCAAGCGCCGCGGUCGACAACGCCGCCCCCAGUGCGGAAGGCGAAGAAUUAUGAUAUGUCGACUACGCCGACUUAUGAGGAUCAGGCGGAUGCGGCAGAUAAGGAGACGAGCUUCGCUGUGCAGUUUCUGCCGUCCCGCCUGGCGUCAUUCAUCUCGCGCGCCGAGCGCUACGCGCGCGACACCCUGCUGCCCCUAGUGUCCGCCUACGCGCCGCGGCUGCCCAUCUUCGGGUCGCGGGACCCUCCCAAACCGACCGCGCGCUACAUCCCCAUGGACGCCAACGUCACCAGCUCAGUCCCCGUGCCCACGCCCACUUUAGAAAUGAAGAUAGAAACGCUAAGAGCCAUGGGUCCCCCGGGCGAGAAGCGCGAGAUGGAAUCACCUGAAGAUCCUGAAAUUACCACGACAACAACGACGACGACGGAAAAGCUCCAAGCGGCUGCUUCAGAGGUAAUGGUUGCAUCGGUGCCAGCGGACAAGAUGCUACAAGUGGUCCCAGGUCCAACGGUGACGACGAGUACAGCUUUACCGCCUGUCGCUCUCCGAAGCGAAGGCGAAAAGAUAGUCAUAGUCUACCCGAGCAACGCUCGAGACGAGCGCAAGAUCCGCUCUCACUCAUACCCUGAGGAACUUCAGUUUGAAGCGUUGUACCGGCAUACGGCAAAGCCGGAGCUCCGAGUAGACUUGCCUACGUUCUCGCCGCCGGUCACGACCGCGGCCACGCCGGGCGACCCGCGGUACAUCCCCGUACCUUACCCGGCGAGGGACAAGCCCAGUGAAGCCGCGUGAGCGAGUAUAGUCAUGGUUUGAUUUAGUUAGUCUAUGCUUGAAGGGCUAAAUGGUUUAAACGGCAAAAAAAACAGAGGUUCAAAGCAUAGAGGAAUCAUAUAGUCAGUAAAAGAUAUUAUCUACAAGGACCUCAAUAAAUCUUCACACAACUCUUGGGAAAGUAAGAAGUUGAUGUGUUGAUGAAAUCUUCUGCUUCCUUACAAUAAAUAUAACAGUAAAUAUAUAGUCGUUUAAACCAAAUAGCCUCAAGCAAAUUCUUGUAUUGUAUAAAUACGUGAUUUUCAAAGUGAUCCUUACAUUCCGACUAAGUUAGAAAUGCCUGUAGUUAUGUUAAAUGGAGAAAACUCCUAUUGCGAGUGAGGAAUACUGCGUAGACAGACAAUUGAUUGUAUGAAUUAACUAUAGAUUCUAUGGAAAUGAAUUAGAUUAAUGCUAUAUCAGUGAUAGCCCCCAAAUAUGGGAUUUGGACAUAGCAUUAUGCAAAAGUUUUCGAGACUCGGCAUAUCAUUUAUGAUAGAUAUUCAAAUAUACUUAGCUGUUAAAGGCCAGAGCGCACCGGCUGCGCGUGUGUAGACGUGCACGUUGCGCGUACGCUAAUAUUUUGGAGCCGUGCACGCACACAUCACGCAAGUGGUGUGCCGUCUCUCAUAAGGAUCUGUAUGUUACCAACCCGCACGUGCACGUCUACGCACACGCAUCAGGUGUGCACAACCCUUAAGAGAAUUGUACUUUUUAAAUUCAAACAAAACACAACUUAUAUUCCUUUUGGUAAAGACUGAAAUCAAUUAGUAGGUACUACACGUAGUAGGCUGGGACUCGGAACGGAAGGCAAGUACAUUUUAGUAUUAAACUUGGUCUGUUUCCAAAUUAUAUAAUUUUGUUAGUGUUAGGAUCUCAGGCCGCGAGCUUUAAUGUGAGUGAAUUAAAACCCAGUGUAUUAUGUCUGUCUUAGGGAACUAUUUAAAUACGAUUGCCUAUUAAAAGAACUGUUUUUGUGUACAUAAAAUAAGGUUGUAGAAUAAGAAUAAUAAGAAACACUAUAUUUAUUUAAUUAAAAAUCUUAUUUAUUA